AUGUCGCUGUGCAAGUCCUACGGCAAAGACCAGGUUAUCUUCGCCACCAAGGAAGAUCACGCAACACCCAGCACGAUCGUGCUUCCCGAAUCAGAACCGCGGCAAGGACUGAUAUUGGAAAAUGGGGACAUCAACUGGAACUGCCCAUGCCUGGGCGGGAUGGCAAUAGGUCCGUGUGGAAACGAAUUCCGAGAGGCAUUCUCGUGCUUUCAUUACAGCCAAGCUCAACCUAAAGGAUCGGACUGCUACGAAGCAUUCAGUACAAUGAACGAGUGUAUGAGGGACUAUCCGGGGGUUUAUAAACAAAAUCAGAAUGAAGAUGAGGACGACGAUGGUGGAGCCGGUGUAGCAAGCAUGAUUACCGACGAUGGCGAGGAAGAAGACGACGUUGAGGAACCAUCUGCUAAGACGGAGUCGGAUUCAAAAGCAGUAGAAACUAAAGCGAAAUAGUUUACAUUAGACACAGAGAGCAUUAUGUUAUUCAAUAAAACUUAGGCGCUGAUAGUGUUCCAUUAAGUCCUUGUUGGCUUCA